CCUUCACCGACUCCGGUGAGCGCCUCAUCGGCGAGGCCGCCAAGAACCAGGCCGCAGCCAACCCGCUCCGCACCGUCUACGACGCCAAGCGACUCAUCGGCAAGCAGUUCGGCGACUCCGAGGUGCAGCGGGACAUGAAGCUGCUGCCGUUCAAGGUGGUGGACAAGAACGGCAAGCCGCACCUCGAGGUUGAGGUGAAGGCCGGCGACGUGCGGACGCUCAGCCCGGAGGAGGUGAGCGCGAUGGUGCUCACGAGGAUGAAGGAGACAGCCGAGGCGUAUCUAGGCGAGAAGGUCCGGGACGCCGUGAUCACCAUCCCGGCCUACUUCAACGACGCGCAGCGCCAGGCCACCAAGGACGCCGGCGCCAUCGCCGGCCUCAACGUCGUUCGCCUCAUCAACGAGCCCACUGCCGCCGCCAUCGCCUACGGCCUCGACAAGGUGGCCGACGGGAAGGAGCGGAACGUGCUGGUGUUUGACCUCGGCGGCGGUACCUUCGACGUGAGCGUGCUCGCGCUCGACGGUGGCGUCUUCGAGGUCCUCGCCACCAACGGCGACACCCAUCUCGGCGGCGAGGACUUCGACCAGCGCGUCAUGGACCACUUCAUCCGGCUCGUCAAGCGGAAGCACGGCGUCGACAUCUCCGGCGACGCGCGCGCGCUCGGCAAGCUCCGCCGCGAGUGCGAGCGCGCCACGUGGUUCUGGUCGAGGCUGUCGAUGUCGAAGUACCCCUCUUAAGAGUGUAAAAGUGUGAAUAUUCACCCCUGUGAGUCCCGGGUAGGGAACCUUGCUGGUCACAUGUGAUACCAAUACAUAUACCCAUUCACCAUCUUUAAAUACAUUUCUUGGGUGAGUGAUCUAUUCCUUUAAAUCCAGUUUCGCUGGUAUUUGCUUUAUCUAUUCCAUUCCAUUGACA